UUCAGGGGCAGUUCCCUGCCGAGUCUCAAGGGCAGGACGAGGCUGGGGGCUCGGCUGAUGUGUGCCCCUCCUAUGCCUACACACGGACCUCGGAGGUCGAAUGCAGUGCCGUUUCAUAUUCCGCAUAAGCGAUUGCUGGAGAAGAUCGAGUUCAAACAGGAGGAACCCGAACCAUUGACUGGCUUCAAGAAGUACCAAGAGGACAUUUUGACUAAAAGACGCCGACUCCCGCCUAUAAAAGCCAAAGUAGUCGGCGAAUCAGGGCCGGGAAGUUCUGGUCAACCAAGCAUUCAGACCGCAGUAACAUUUUUUGACAAAGUUGAGGAAGAACAGAGCAGAGUCAAAGACACCUCGCAAAAGUUAACGAAAGUGGCAGAUCAGAAGGAAUGGAUCGACAAAAUGAGAAGGUCCAAAGACGGCUCAUUUGUCUACUUUACCUACGCCGUUCCCAAAAGCUCUGAGCGAUUCAACCCCUACAUGCUCAAAGUGGUUGGGUAUAAAGAGGUGGACAAGAACAACUUCUUCACCAUGAGCGCCAAAGGCGUAAUGCAGCACAUAGGGAGCGAAGUAGUGUUUACACCUCUGGACAAAUGGGAAGCCGAAUACGACAUGUUCCAGCGCCUGAUGAAAAUCCGCACUUUCAGAACAUUCAGAAAGUGGAAGGGUUUUUACGUGUGGCGCAAGAAUAUUAUCUAUUGCAAGUUUACCUCUGCUCAAAAGCACUUGUCGCAAAACAUGUUCCUUCUGAAUCCCCUUCUCAGACAAGGGCUGAUCGACAUCCAGUACAUGUGCCACAAGAUGGUGGACACCAGCUUUGUGGAGCUCAGCCAAACAGAGAACGUCUGGCUGUUUUACUUUAUAGAAAAUCAGAUGGACAAACUAAAUAAAAUACGGAUGGAAAUCGCAGAAUUUCAUGAGCUCGCCAAGGAAAUUGUGGCGAAUGCUUGCCAUGGAGCCUUGUUGGCCAAAGGAUUUGUUGCUGAUGAGCGCAUAGUUGAUGAACAAAAAGAUCAGAGAAGACGAAGGCAGCAGAAAGCCUCCUACAUAGAGCAAGCCAGUAAGAAGAAAUUCUGCGAGCGCCUUGCGGCGUACAUCAUGCUGGUCGACUACAUGUCCAUCAACAUGCUUCAUCAACUGAUAAUAAACUCCAUCAACGCCCUGAAUGAACUUUUUGAGAAGCACUCCAAAUAUCUGCCGCCUGACGAACAACUGGAGCGGACUGAGGUGGACACCCUGUUGGAAACUGGCCGAGAAAGUGAAGAUCCUUCGUUGCCGCUCUUCGUGGUUAACGUGAUGCUAGAGCCUGAAGAGGUGAAGCUAGACCCUCCGUUAGGCGUGGCCAAGUGCAUCUUUCAACAGACCAUUGAGCUGUGGGAGCAAAGUUGCAGAGAAGUGAAAUCAUUUGUCGCUGACCCGUUCUAUUCUCUCUUCACCACGCCGGUGAUAAACGAGAAAAUCGAAGACCGCAUUUGCGGUUGGGGGCCCACACUGGAUUUCUACCUAGGCAAAGACGAGAAGCUGGAAGAAGACACCAGAAAAGUGUUCGGCUACUUUGAGCUGAAUUAUAACUGCGCUAGCACCUACGUGAAACGAUUGGAAUACAUUCGGGAGUUUUUCGCGGAAGAUUUAAGGGUGCAGGAGGAGGACGUACAAAGAGAAACUGUUACUGAAAACUUCCGAAACAUGUGCAUCCGAUACCACAACGAGAUUGUCACCAUUGAGAAAAUCACCAAGACACAACCACUGGGGUUGCUCUAUCUGAUGCUCAACGACUUUAGAGACACUGCCUUGCCUGAACCUCGUCGAUUGCUGGAAAUAGCCAAAAACGUAAUUCCCUGGAUCGGCCACGAAAAAGUCAGCAGCCUGAUCCAGCAGGUCGAAGAAACAGAGAUCUACUUAGGGCAGGAACCAGUCUCAACUGCAGAUUACGUAAAGUACCUGGAAUACAUCGAAGAGGCUACAUCCAGAGUGGAUAAAAUGGAGGAACAGCUGGACUAUUGCAAGGAGCUCUACGAUAUCACCGAAGAGUUUGCCAUCCCAGUGGCGCAGGAGGAAAUGACCAACUAUCUAGGGCUGAGCGUGUCGCUGGGGAACUUGAGGAACUUCGUGGACAAGAAAAUCGAAGAAACUGGCCGAAUCGUGAAGGCUUUCAACGACCAGAUGAACAAGGACAUCAGUGGGCUAAUUUCGGAAGUGGGACUGAUCAAGGACGAGUGCACGCAACCCUGGCUGUAUGAUAUUGCCUCAAACAUCGACGAAGUGAGCGAGUUUUUGGCCGAUCUUUACGACAGAUUGCUGACCUGCCAAACCAAGGCUGUGGAGUUCAAGAAUUACCAAAAGCAAUUUCGGCUGGAAGUAUCCAGAUUCGAUAUGCUGGAAGAAGUGAUGAACGACGUCAAGCUCCGCAUGCUGUUGUGGGAAAGCGUCGAUUCUUGGGCGAAAACCGUGGAUGAAUGGUACCAUUGCGACUUUGGCACGCUUAAUGUGGAGGACAUGAACCUUUUCACCGCCAAGAACGUGAAGAAUAUCAACCAGCUGGAGAAGGGCCUACCUCCCAACCUCAUCGUUCCCAAGCUCAAAGACGAAGUAGAGCUGAUGAAAGACAAGCUUCCAGUGAUCACAUACCUGCGAAAUCCUGCCUUGAAGGCCAGACAUUGGAUAAAGGUGGAGAAUGUGUUGAAUCACAAGUUCAAAGCUGAGGAAGAAAUGACCCUGGAACAGCUGGAGAGUCUCAACGUGUUCAGCUACCCUCAGGAGCUGAUGGAGAUCUCAGGUCAAGCAAGCAGCGAAGCUGGAUUGGAGGCCCUUUUGCGCAAGGUGGAGGAAGCUUGGAAGGGGUUGGAGUACAUCGUCAUUUCUCAUAAGGACGCCAAAGAUGUUUUUAUUUUGGGCUCUCUCGAGGACGUGCAAGCAGUUCUGGAUGAGAGCAACAUUAACAUCACCACCAUUGCUAGCUCCAGACAUGUGGGCCCUAUUAAAAGUCGCGUGGAAGAAUGGCAGAAGAACUUAGACCUCUUUACACACACCCUGGAUGAAUGGAUGAUGUGCCAACAAAGCUGGGUGUAUUUGGAGGUCAUUUUCUCCGCACCGGACAUACAAAGGCAGUUGCCCAAUGAAGCCAAGUUGUUUGUCAUUGUCGAUAAGUCCUGGAAGGACAUUAUGCGAAGAACUGCCAAGAUGCCGAUCGCAAUGGAAGCGACUUUACAACCUGGACUUUUGGAGACUUUCCAGCGCAACAACGCUCUGUUGGAGCAGAUAAUGAAAUGCCUGGAAUCCUAUCUGGAAACCAAGCGAGUUGCCUUCCCUCGCUUCUACUUCCUGUCCAAUGACGAGCUGCUGGAUAUUUUGGCCCAAACUCGGAAUCCCCAUGCUGUUCAGCCACAUUUGCGUAAGUGCUUUGACGCCAUUUCAAAACUGGAGUUUGGAAUGAAGCCGGCAGAAGAAGGAGAAGAAUCCAAAGAAGGCGCAAAGGAGGGCAAAAAAGAAAAGGCGCCCACCAUGGUUCUGACCACGGACAUUAUUGCAAUGAUUAGCCCGGAGGGGGAACGAGUGCAGCUGAGCAAGGGCUUAAAAGCGCGGGGCAACGUCGAAGACUGGCUGGGAAAAGUGGAGGAAUCCAUGUUCUUAAGCUUGAAGAAGUGCAUGAAGGUUUCAAUCAGCCAUUACAUGCAAAAACCCCGAACUGAAUGGGUGGUGUGCCACGCCAACCAGAUCAUCCUCACAGUGUCUCAGAUAAUGUGGGCCAAAGGAGUCCAUGAAAUCCUGGACGGCGAAGGCAACGUAAUGAAGAAAAUGGAGCAAUACGAGCAGAAGUGCAUUAAGGAUUUAAAUGACCUGGCGGUCCUGGUCAGAUCUGAUUUGGCUUCGGUAACACGCAAGAUUUUGAUAGCCCUGAUUACUAUUGAUGUGCAUGCAAGGGACACCAUUCAAAACAUGGUUAAAAGCAAAGUUAGCAAUAGCAACAACUUUGAUUGGCUGAAGGUGUUGCGCUACUACUGGAUGGAAAACAUCGACGACUGUCUGGCUAAAAUGUCCAGCGCUUCUUACCUUUACGGGUACGAAUACCUAGGAGCAGGCGGUGUUCUUGUCAUUACGCCCCUAACCGACAAGUGCUAUUUGUGCCUGAUGGGUGCCCUUCAACUUGACCUCGGCGGAGCCCCGGCAGGUCCUGCAGGAACAGGCAAAACAGAAACCACCAAAGACCUGGCCAAGGCUCUGGCCAUUCAAUGUGUGGUGUUCAACUGCUCGGAGGGCCUGGACUACAAGAUGAUGGGGCGCUUCUUCUCCGGAUUGGCCCAGUCGGGCGCCUGGUGCUGUUUUGAUGAAUUCAACCGCAUCGAUAUCGAAGUGCUCUCGGUUAUCGCGCAACAGCUCAUCACCAUCCGCAAUGCCAAAGCUGCUAAAUUACAAAGGUUUAUGUUUGAGGGACGGGAAAUCAAGCUGAUUCAAAAGUGCGCGGCUUUUAUCACCAUGAAUCCCGGAUAUGCUGGAAGGACUGAGUUGCCGGACAAUUUGAAGGCCCUGUUUAGGCCCAUAUCGAUGAUGGUACCUGACUACGCGCUAAUCGCCGAAGUGAUUUUAUACUCGGAAGGGUUCGAGUCGUCGAAAAAUCUAUCACAAAAAAUGGUCCAAAUGUACAAACUGUGCAGUGAGCAGUUGUCGCAACAGGACCACUACGACUUCGGCAUGAGGGCCGUUAAAAGCGUUCUGGUGAUGGCCGGGUCCCUGAAGAGGGCCAACCCCGAUCGAAACGAGGACGUGGUUCUUAUCUGUGCCCUGCGGGACAGUAAUCUUCCGAAGUUUUUGUCAGACGAUGCCGUUCUGUUUCAAGGCAUUUUGGGCGAUCUGUUCCCGGGCACUGAACUCCCAGUGAGCGACUACGGAGUGUUCCAAGAGACCAUGGUGGAGAUAAUGAAGAGCAACAAUCUGCAGCCAGAACUAUGCAUGAUCAACAAAGUGAUUCAGCUCUAUGAGACCAUGAUAGUGAGAUGGGGCGUUAUGCUGGUUGGGCCGACUGGGGGCGGAAAAACGACGAUUUUAAAUACCCUGAAUGGAUCUCUAACCAAAAUGUGCGAAGACGGACAAGAGGGUCCAUUCUACCACCAAGUGCACACUUACAUCAUGAAUCCCAAAGCCGUCUCUGCUGGGGAAUUGUAUGGAGAAGUCAAUGCUUUUACCUUGGAAUGGCGCGAUGGACUCAUGGGGAUAAUGAUGAGAACUGCUGUACAGUCCACCACUGAGGAUCAUCAGUGGAUAAUCUGUGACGGUCCGGUAGACGCCGUGUGGAUAGAGAAUCUUAACACCGUCCUGGAUGACAACAAAAUGCUCUGUUUGGCCAAUUCGGAAAGGAUCAAGUUGACCCCGUACGUUCACAUGGUGUUUGAGGUGCAAGAUCUGGCUCAAGCCUCUCCCGCCACUGUUAGCAGAUGUGGAAUGGUGUUCGUCGACUCUGAGGAACUCAAGUGGAUGCCCUACGUGAAAUCCUGGAUAAACACUAUCAGCGACAGCCUUUUGAAUGAAGAACUGAAGGAAUUUCUUACCAGCCUUUUUGCCACUUAUGUGCAAGACGGCUUUGACUUUGUGAAGAAAAAUUGCAUCUACGCAAUACAUCAGGUCGAGGUUUCAAAAGUGAAAAUGAUAUGUUCGCUGAUCCAGAGCCAUAUGGCUCUACCAGGCGCCAUGGAGAAGAUUGGGGAAAGGGCCAAAGUGCGCUGUUUCGUCUGCCAAGUAUUCAUCUCUUCGUACAUGUGGGGCCUUGGAGGCAACAUCACAGAAGAUAGCAGGGAGAAGUUUGAAGUGUUCGUUCAGAGCCAGUUUGAGGAAUGCAGCGACGCCAGGUUGCCUCCUGGCCAGGACAUGUGGUACGUCUACAUGGACGUCCAGACCAAGCGCCUAACCCCAUGGCAGAACAUCAUGCCUCAGUUCGUCUACGACAAGGAGACGCCCUUCUUUGACACCUUGGUGCCCACUCUGGACACGGUGCGCUUCGGCUACAUUAUGGAGCGGCUGAUCCAUGUGGGACACCCGGUAAUGAUAACGGGGGACACGGGAGUGGGAAAAUCUGUAGUGGCCAAGGAUGUGCUGAACCGGUUGGGCGCAUCCGAGCAUUUUGUGCCCGCCACCAUGAACUUCUCGGCGCAAACGAGCAGUAUGCGAACGCAGGAGAUUAUUGAACUGAAGCUGGAGAGAAAGAAGAAGACCUUGUUGGGAGCUCCAUUAGGGAAGAAAGUGAUUAUAUUCAUUGAUGAUGUCAACAUGCCGAAGCUGGAGACUUAUGGGGCGCAGCCCCCAAUCGAGUUGAUCAGGCAACUAUUAGACUAUGGCGGUUUGUACGACCGAGAAAAACUUUUUUGGAAGGACAUUCGUGAUGUGAUUCUGACCACGGCAUGCGCGCCGCCUGGCGGCGGCAGAAACCCUCUCACCCCACGAUUUGUGCGGCAUUUCGGAAUGCUGUUAAUACCCUCACCAAACGAGUUGGCCCUUAAAGCUAUCUUCAAGGCGAUCUUAAAGGGUUUUUUGAACGAUUUUUCCAACGAAUGUCGCGACUUGGGCGAUUACAUGGUCAACGCAGCUGUGGACAUUUACGACCGGAUCGCCAGAGACUUGCUACCUACACCUUCAAAGUCCCAUUAUAUUUUCAAUCUGAGGGAUUUGUCCAAGUGCGUGCAAGGAGUGACGCAAGCGGACGCCGGCACCAUGAGGGGAGAGAUGGAAAUUAUGCGCCUGUUUUACCAUGAAUGCUUGAGGGUGUUUCAUGAUAGGCUGAUAAACGUGGAAGACAAGUCAUACUUCUACUAUCUGAUGAAGGAGAUUUGCUCUCGGAACUUUGGCACGCCGGUGCUGCAACUGCCCGACAACACCGGUCUGAUUGAAAACCCGCCUAUUUUACUAUUUGGCGAUUUUAUGCAGUUUGGGGCCGAGCGGGAAAACCGCAUUUAUGAGGAACUGAAGAACAUUGAUAAAGUGAAGAGCCUUCUUCAGGAUUACUUGGAUGACUUCAACCUGAUGUACAACAAGGACAUGCAGGUGAUAUUCUUCAUGAUGGCUGUGGAACAUUGUGUACGAAUAGCGCGCAUUUUGCGCUCAGAACGGGGCAACGCCCUCUUAGUGGGGGUGGGCGGCAUGGGAAAACAGAGCUUGACUAAACUCGCCUCCCAUGUGAACGGCUACAAGUGCUUCCAAAUUGAGCUGGUGCGCAACUACGACCACUCCUCCUUCUUCGAGGACUUGCGUAAAAUGUACGCCCACGCCGGAGUGGGAAAUAUGGACACGGUGUUUCUGUUCACCGACACUCAAAUCGUGCAGGAGGAAUUCUUGGAGGAUAUCAACAAUAUGUUAAACUCUGGUGAUGUGCCAAAUCUCUUUGAGGCCGAUGAAUACGAGAAAGUCGUCAUCGGCUGCAGGGAUGCGGCGAAAAAGGCUGGAUGUCCAGAUGGCCGCGACCACAUCUACGAGUACUUCAUUAGCAGAGUGAGAAGCAAUUUGCACCUGGUAAUUUGUAUGAGUCCAGUAGGGGAUGCCUUCAGGCGUCGUUGCCGAAUGUUUCCCUCAUUGGUGAACUGUUGCACGAUAGAUUGGUUCGAAAAGUGGCCCCAAGAAGCUCUACUAUCUGUAGCGCAGUCCAGCCUAAAAACCCUGGGGAGCGUCGAACUGUGCGACAGCCUGGCCAUAGUUUGCGUGACUAUACAUGAAAGUGUGGAGAUUAUGACGGAAAAGUUCUAUCGGGAAAUGAAGCGCUACUACUACACAACCCCCAGCAGUUACUUGGAGCUGAUCAAGCUCUACAAAGUCAUGCUCAGAGACCGCAAGGAUAAAAUCACCAAGACUCGCGAUAGGAUCGCUAAUGGGCUGCAGAAACUGUAUCAAACAAACGACGUUAUCGACACCAUGAAAGAGACGUUGAUUGCUUUGGAGCCGGAAUUGGCCAAAAAGUCGAUAGCAGUGGCGGAACUAAUGAAAAAUCUGGCCAAGGAGCAGAAAUCCGCCGAUAAAGUGCGAGUCACUGUUAAAGGCGAUGAGGAAACUGCCAAGGCUAAAGCUGAUGAAACUCAAGUGUUAGCCGACGAUGCUCAAAGAGAUUUGGACACCGCCCUGCCUGCUUUGGACGCAGCCACCAAAGCCCUGGAGGCGCUGAACAAGAACGACAUCAAUGAAGUGAAAGUGUUUCAAAAACCGCCAAAACUCGUCCAGUUUGUGAUGGAAAGCGUUUGCAUUCUACUUGGAGCGAAGACUGAUUGGGCUGCGGCCAAAGUGGUGCUGGGCGACACAAACUUCUUAAAGAAACUGCAGGAUUACGACAAAGAUCACAUUACCGAUCUGAUGCUGAAGAAAUUGAAGACCUACAUCGAGCAUCCCGAUUUUGUUCCUGAGAAAGUGGUUACAGUAAGCAGGGCCUGCAAGAGUCUGUGCAUGUGGGUACGCGCUGUCGACAUGUACGCCAAAGUGUACAAAAUCGUGGAACCCAAAAGGAAAAAGCUCCAGGGAGCGGAGAAAGAACUGAACGCAGUGAUGUCUUUGCUGAGGGAGAAGCAAAAGCAGCUGGCAGACGUUGAGGCCAUGAUUGCAGGCCUGGAAGCCAAGUUCAAUGCUACAGUGGCUGAGAAGGAGGCGUUGGAGAACAACAUCGCACUCACAUCUGCAAGGCUCAAUAGAGCGGGGCGGCUGAAUAUUGCGCUAGGCGACGAGCAGACUAGAUGGGAAGAAAGCGUCAAGAAAUUUGCCAUUGAACUGACCAACUGUGUGGGGGAUGUGCUCAUGGCGGCCGCCUGCGUAGCUUAUCAAGGGGCGUUUACUGCAAACUACCGACAAGAACUGACCAGCAUGUGGGAGACGAAAUGCAUUGAACAGUCCAUCCCAUCCACAGAGAAUUUCAAUUUGCUAAAUGUACUGGCGGACGCUUACGAGAUCAGAAUGUGGAACUCCUGCGGCCUGCCAAGAGACAGUGUUUCGACCGAAAAUGCCAUCAUGGUCACGAAAGCAGGCCGCUGGCCGCUAAUGAUUGAUCCUCAAGAGCAAGCCAACAGAUGGAUCCGGCAAAUGGAGGGUGGCAACAAUUUGAAAAUCAUUAAACUGACCGAUUCGAGCUUCAUGCGCGUUUUGGAAAACGGGAUUCGAAUAGGAAUGCCGGUUCUUUUGGAGGAAGUGGGAGAAACUCUCGAUCCCACCUUGGCGCCCAUACUCAUGAAGCAAACCUUCGUACUGGGCGGGAGAACUCUAAUCCAUCUGGGCGAUUCGGACGUGGAAUAUGACCAGAACUUCAAGCUCUACAUCACAACCAAACUGGCUAAUCCGCACUAUCUUCCGGAAAUUUGCAUUCAAGUGACCAUCGUCAACUUCACGGUCACACCAUCCGGCUUAGAAGAUCAGCUAUUGGCGGAUGUGGUGAGAUUGGAAAGGCCUGAGUUGGAGCAGCAAAGGAACGAGCUGGUUGUGCGCAUUAACGCCGACAAGACCCAGUUGAAGGGCAUCGAGGAUAAGAUUUUGUACCUUCUGUAUCACUCUGAGGGCAACAUUCUGGACGAUGAAGAGCUCAUUGAAACUUUGAACGAGAGCAAAGAAACUUCUGCCAUCAUAGAAGCAAGACUGGUUGAAACGGAGGCUACGGAAGAAAAAAUUUCGAUUGCACGCGAAAAGUACCGAUCAGUCGCCACUAGGGGCUCGGUACUGUACUUUGUGGUUGCCGAACUUGCGGAAAUCGACCCCAUGUAUCAAUACUCGCUAAAAUACUUCAGCCAAGUGUUCGACAAUGUCAUCCUGACCUCUACCAAAGAUCCAGUUUUGGAGAAACGCUUAAACACACUUAGAGUAGAAAUUACUCUAGCGGUUUAUACAAUUAUAUCUAGAGGGCUCUUCGAAAGGCAUAAGUUGGUGUUCAGUUUCAUGCUGUGCAUUGCCAUCAUGCAGCAGGAGGGCAGGAUUUCGGAGGUUCAAUGGAGCUUCCUGCUUAGAGGGCCGGUUGGCAGUAAAAGUGGCACAAAAAAACCCGAUGUGGCGACAGUGACCGAUGGAAUGUGGCAGGCCGCGAAUUAUUUGGCUUCUUCCUACGAGCAGUUUCGGGGUCUGCCCGAAGAAAUUACCAGGGCGAUGACUGUUACAGUGGGAAGUUACCAUUUGGUGAUCAAAGUGGUAUCCACCGCUCUAGCGAGUAAAGUGGACUGGGAUCACACCCUGACGGACUUUGAGAAACUGAUGCUGAUCAAAACCAUGCAGGAAGAAAAGCUGGUUUUUGCCAUUACAGAGUUUGUCAAGCUCAACUUGGGGCAGGCCUUCAUCGAGAGCCCGCAAGUAUCAUUGAAUCUCUUAUAUCAGGACACGUCCAAUGCAGUUCCCCUAAUAUUCGUUCUGAGCACCGGUUCUGAUCCGUUCGGAGCUUUUCAAAGGUUUGCAGCCGAAAUGGGCUUCACUGAGAAGCUGAAGUCGAUUUCUCUAGGCCAAGGGCAAGGCCCGGUAGCCGAGCGUUUGAUUCACGGCGCUCUGGAAACUGGCGACUGGAUUUUCUUGCAGAAUUGUCAUCUGGCCACUUCCUGGAUGCUUUCCAUGGAGCGGAUUGUGUUGGAAAUUGCCGAAAACGCGGCCAAACUCAACAAAGCCUUCAGGUUGUUCAUGAGCUCGAUGCCUUCCAAGUGCUUCCCGGUGGCUGUUUUGCAGAAUUCAGUUAAAGUUACCAACGAGCCUCCCAAAGGGUUGAGGGCCAACAUGAAGAGAGCGUUUGCGGAGAUGUUGGAGGGAUUUUUCGAGGAGCAUCCUCUGCAGCAAAAGUGGCGAACGAUUCUGUUUGGAAUCUGCAUGUUUCAUGCAGUGGUGCAGGAGAGGAAGAAAUUUGGCCCACUGGGAUGGAAUAUUGUCUAUGAGUUCAACGAUAGUGAUAGGGACUUUGCCUUCAACACGUUCCAGAUGUUUUGUGCUGAAGGAGUUAUUCCUUGGGACGCUUUGGAGUAUUUGACUGGGGAGAUAACUUAUGGUGGCCGAGUGACCGACUACUGGGACCUCAGAUGUCUCAAGACCAUUCUAAGAAUUUUCUUUUCGGCCCAAACUUUGACGAAAAAUUACAAAUAUUCGGCGUCAGGGACGUACUAUUGUCCGGAUUACUCGCACUUGGCAGAAUACCGGGAAUUUAUUGACAAAUUCCCCAUUAUUGAGGAACCGGAAAUUUUUGGGAUGCAUGAAAACGCCAAUAUAGCUUUCCAGAUAAAAGAAACGCAAACGGUUAUCCGAACCAUCAUGGAGUGCCAGCCCAGAUCGGAUGGAGGUGGUGAAGGCAAGUCAAGUGAUGAGAUCGUGUAUGAGCUGGCGGACAGCGUUAUCAACGCGAUUAUCCCCCAAAUUCAGUCGGAAGAAGUCAACAUUUACCUGUUUAAGAAAGAUGACAAAGGUCGCGUGCCUUCGCUGACCACCGUCCUGACGCAAGAAAUUGACCGAUAUAAUAAGCUGUUGAAACUCGUCCACUCCUCAAUGGACCAGCUGAAGAAGGCCAUCAAGGGCCUGGUGGUGAUGUCUGAAGCCUUGGAGGACGUUUAUAAGGCCUUCAUGAACAACCAGGUGCCAAAGAUGUGGUCAGCCAAGGCGUACAAUUCGCUCAAGAGUCUUGGCAGUUGGGUGUUUGAUCUCACUUUACGGUUGGAUUUUAUUAGUAUUUGGUUACGGUCAGGCCAUCCAAUCUCCUAUUGGCUUUCGGGGUUCUAUUUUCCACAAGGUUUCCUCACGGGCACGCUUCAGACGCACGCACGAAAAUACAACCUGCCCAUCGAUAAGCUGAAAUUUGACUUUGUGAUUAAGCCAGUCAAUCUGAGCCAGGAAGAGAUCAAGUUGGAGCACGAUGCUGAAGGCAAAGAGGUCUACGACUUGUACCGCCCCUUAGUAGCACCAGAAGACGGCGUCCUAGUUCAUGGCCUAUUUGUGGAUGCCGGCAGGUGGGAUAUGAAGGCAAUGAAGCUGGUUGAUCCCAAACCCGGCGAAAUCAACCCCCCGUUUCCGGUAAUUCACAUGACGCCCACUACGAAUAUGCCGGAAGACGAUCCUCGCUACGUCUGCCCUUUAUACAAGACCUCCAUAAGGGCGGGAGUUCUUUCUACCACUGGCCACAGUACCAACUUUGUGAUUGCGGUGCUGCUGCCCACCGCACAAGCACAGAGCUACUGGAUUUUGAAAGGAACUGCCCUAUUGACUCAAAUCACCGACUAGAAUAAUGAUGUUUUUGUCAAUUUGCCAUCAAAGUUUUUAUUAAACAGUUUAUCAAUU